AUGACGAACAUAACCUAUGGCCGUAUAACUUCCAACUCAAACAACAAUAUCACUACCACUGGUGGAGGAACUGAUUUGAUUGCAACACUUGACAGUGGAAAAAUCAUUGCUUAUAGCCCUGGAGAUAUUGCUUGGGUUCUAGCGUGUUCGGCAUUGGUAUGGCUUAUGAUCCCUGGGGUAGGAUUCUUGUACAGCGGCCUCGUGCGCGGUAAAAACGCUUUAUCACUUCUUCUCCUUGCUUUUCUCUCAAUGGCAGUGGUAUCCGUCCAAUGGUGGUUUUGGGGCUACUCACUUGCCUUUUCUUCAAGUUCUGGAUUACUUCUUGGGAAUUUGAAACAUAUAAUAUUUCGAGGUGUCUUGGAACAACCCGAACCCGCCGCGAAUAACAAGAUUCCCAGAAUUGUCUUUGCACUCUAUCAAAACAUGUUCGCAGCACUCGUACCAGCUGUCGCAAUUGGUGCAGCGGCCGAACGAGGACGAAUUGGCCCUUCUAUGAUUUUUGUUUUUGCUUGGGCCACAGUAGUGUACUGUCCAUUGGUGUCUUGGAUUUGGAAUCCAAAUGGAUGGGCAUUCAAGUGGGGUGUGUUGGACUAUGCGGGAGGAGUACCCAUCGAGAUAUGUUCGGGAGCAACCGGUCUUUCCUAUUCCAUCUUUCUUGGUCGUAGGCGAGGAUUUGGAACUCAUAUCCUCAAUUUCAAGCCCCAUAACACGUCACAUAUAGUUCUUGGGACCGCGUUACUUUGGGCCGGAUGGCUUGGUUUCAACGGUGGAAGUGCAUAUGCUGCUAACAUAAAAGCAGCAUUGGCAAUAUGUGUAACUAAUCUGGCUGGAUCCGUCGGCGGGAUUGUUUGGAUGCUAAUUGACUUUCGGUUGGAACGUAAAUGGUCCUGUGUAGGGUUGGCCACUGGAUCCUUGUGCGGUCUGGUAGCCAUUACACCAGCUGGUUUUGUAGGCAUGCCUGCUGCCGCACUCAUUGGCGGUUUGGCAGCAGCCAUAUCUAACCUACUCACUGCCUUUAAACAUUUAUUCAACUUUGAUGAUGCUAUGGAUAUUUUUGCCUGUCAUGCAGUCUCAGGAGCCGUAGGUCUUAUUCUCACAGGAAUCUUUGGAAGCAAAUCCCGAGCUUCCAGUGAUGGAUUCUCAAACAUUGGGGGCGGUUGGGUUGAUCAUAAUUGGAAGCAACUUUACAAACAGUUAGCUUGGGUAAUUGCUGGAUUCGCAUGGAGUUUUAUCAUGACAUAUAUCUUGAUGUACUUUAUAAACCUCUUACCACACUUUCAAUUCCGCAUCGACGAAGAAGGGGAAGUUGUAGGAACAGAUGUAGAUCAGUGCGGUGAAAAAGUC